AUGGGUUUUCAUCUUCUUAGGUUUCCAUUAACCUUGCGAUGUUACAGUACCUCUCUCGUUGGCUUCUUCUCCAAAUCUCACAAUCCUCGUCUCUCUGCGAGAUGGGUUAGUGCCGGAGAUUGCAGUUCAAUGAGAUGUUUUGCGUCUUCUACACCUACACGUGGAAAGAACAAAAAACAGAGACUUGACGAGGCCUGUGUUGAAAGGUAUCAGGAAUACAGUCGCACACUAAUACAAUCUUGGAUUCUACAAGGUAAAGUGCUUGUGGAUGGUAAAAGAGUUAGUAAAGCUGGAAUGCCUGUAUCCAAUGGUUCAUCCAUAAAGAUUACAGCUGAGGUUCCAAAAUAUGUAUGUAGAGGUGGACUCAAGCUGGAAGCUGCAAUUGAGAAACUUGAUGUUGAUGUUUCUGAGAAAGUAGUUCUGGAUUCCGGACUUUCUACAGGAGGGUUUACGGAUUGUUUGCUUCGUUAUGGUGCAGCUCAUGUUUAUGGCGUAGAUGUUGGUUAUGGUCAGGUAGCUGAUAAAAUCCGUAACGAUAAGAGAGUGACUGUUAUAGAGAGGACAAAUCUGAGAUACCUCCCUUCACUCCCUCAAAAAGUCGAUGUAGUGACACUAGACCUCUCAUUCAUUUCCAUUCUCAAGGUGAUGCCAGCUGUAAUGAAUGUGAUGAAAGCAGAUGCAACUUUAGUUACGCUGGUUAAACCCCAGUUUGAAGCUCGAAGAUCACAGGUUGGGAAGGGUGGCAUAGUGCGAGAUCCCGAAGUACAUCAGGAGGUUCUUGAGAAGAUAAUAAAUGGUGUUGAGCGGUAUGGAUUUACCAACAAAGGAUUUAUCGAAUCUCCCAUAAAGGGCGCCGAGGGAAACGUAGAGUUCUUGGUUUGCUUCAACCGAGGGACAGUAAAACGCGAAGAUGAAGCGUAG